AUGCUGCACCCGCAGAUUCUCGCCCCCCCGCCCGCGUGCCUCCGCCCGGACCUGGCCGUGUGGAACACCUUGGUGGACUGGAGCGGCAAGGAGCUCGAGUACGAGCCCGGCUACCCAGAGGGCCAGGAGGCCGCCGGCAGGGGCGUGCCCGUGGCCGUUGGUCCAGCCACGCCUGCUCUCCCGCUGGCCGCCACGGUGGCGGCCUCGUGGGCGGCGGCCCCACCAGCGGCGGCGACGCCGGCGAGGCUGCAGCCGGGCAGAGCGGCGCUGGCCUCGCCGCCGGCGCCGGCGUCGGCGCCAGCUGCGCAGGAGCAGGCAGCAGAGGGCCCGCCGCCCCUGCUGCCGGGGCGGCGGACGCCGCACGCGCGGCCCCAGGACGAGGGGGCGGAGCCGGCGGCGCCGGAGGAGGGCGGAGCGCUAGGCAGCCGCAGCCGGAGCCCCAGCGCCAGCAGCAGGAGGAAGGCCGAGAGCAAGGCGUCCGUGCUGCCGAGCCUGGCGCGCAAGCUGGACCUGGCGGCACGCGGCCCAGUACUCUCCUACCAGGGCCGUGAAUUCAACGGCACGGAGGAGGAUUUCGAGGAUUUGGCCAAGAAGUCUGGCCCCUUGUACAUCGGUGAGGAGUUCAGCGUGGCGUUCACAGCGCGCUGGGAUAGCUUCAACGGGUGGAGCCGCAUCCUCGACUUCGGGAACGGCCCCGAGAAGGGGAACAUCUUCAUCGGCAACAGAGCUAACCAGGGCACCUUUGUGUUCCACGUCUGGGUCGAGGAGCGGGAGUGGCGCGUGCAGAUCCCCGAGGUAAUCGUGCUUGGCGAGACCCACCGGUUCCUGUGCACGUGGUCGCUCGAGGGCCAGAUGGAGGUUUUCAAAGACGGUGACCUCAUGGGCCGAUGGUGGGGCGCGCCGCUGAAGCCGGGCACCAGGAAGCGCCUGUACGUCGCCAAGUCGAACUGGUCUCGAGACCACCCGUUCCACGGAGAAAUUAAGAACCUCGGGUUUUGGAACGACGUGCUGUCUUGGAAGGAGACGCUGAACGUGGGGCGGUACGGCUUCAGCGGCAGGGCCAUCGUGGUCGAUCUUGCCGACGUUGACCGCGAGGGGCAAGAUUUCGAAGGGCGCGAGUGGCUGGAAUCCCGAAUGAGGGCUUGCUUGCCCGUAGGCUGGGGCGUCCAGUGGCAUUUCGGCAUCGAGUUCUUGCCCGCGCUGAUGCACUUUGUGGGCGAGGACACCGCGCUCAUCCUGCGCACCCAUCGCUCGAAGAGGUUCUUGCCGGAGGCCGUGUCGCGCGCAUUGCUCAGCGACCACCUGACCAAGGUGACUGCCAACUUCGACGAGAAGAACCUAGGGUGGGUGACGGAGGCGUUCGGCGUGGAGCCACUCGGAGUUGUGAGCUUGGCCCGCCUCGCGGUGCAGAAGGGACUUCCCGACUCGGACUUCGCCACGCUGGCCGAGGGCUUCGGCAUGAGCGCCCACAGGAGCCCCCCCGGCACAUCCUCCGGCAGUUUCGUGUCUGGGACCUUGUCGGACGACCAGGUCCGCUCCGUAGCCGACGACGCCCACUUGAACUGCCUGCUGCUCGACAAGAUCUUCUGCAUGCCGGACGUGGCCAGCCCAAGCACAGAGGGUCCGACCACCACGCUCCAGCUGAAGCAGGAGUGGAUACCUCAGCGCAUCGUUCUCAGAGGCAACGCUUUCUGGUGCGCCGCGUGCGACAAGGGGCCCAUGACGGCGUCCACGAUGGUGGAGAUGCAUUGCCAGAGCCAGAAGCACCGGAAAAAGAUGGAGGACGUUCGCCUGCGAGAGGAAGGACUCUCUGCCGAUUAUCUUGCACAAGGCAUCGCGCUCAAGGCCGACGCCGCGGACCGAGUGGCUGGAGCCUACAGGUGCACUUUCUGCAACAUCGGAGCUCUUGAUGACAUCGCCAUGGUGGAUGCGCACAUCCGAUCCAAGGGACAUCAGAAGGCCGUGGCCCAGGCCAUCGCUCCCACGGCGGCCGCCGGCACCGCGCCCGCGCCGGCGGACCCCUUCGAGUUCGGCCGGUGGAACUUGCCCGACUAUGUCCAGGAGGCGAACGGGCAGCUGGUGUGCACCCUCUGCAGCUCCACGGCAGGCACGCUGCUGAUGAUGCAGACGCACCUGGGCGGCGACAAGCACGCCCGGAAGUGCCGCGGCAUGGGCCGGGAGGAAGUCGUCUUCAUCAAGGAGCGCUCCAGGUUGGAGAUCCGCGCCACCGGCUGCCCCGUGGUGAGAACGGGCUUCGUGGAGUACGGCAGGGCGCCGGAGGUGCCCGAGGCGCCGGAGGAGCCGGCGCCGCCGGCGCAGCGCGCGCCGCUGGGCACCUCACCAGCGGCGCCGCCGCAGAAGCGCGCCGCGGGCGCGCGCAAGGCGGCGGUGUCGGCGAUGAUGCCCCCCGGGUGGCGUGCCGUGUGGGACCCUGCUGCAGGCAAGCACUACUACGCCGACGUCGAGACACAGGCGGCGCAGUGGGCACCGCCACCCCCUUACGUCGACCAGGAGUGGACAAGAAAAGUUGACCCUGGCGGGCGCCCAUUCUGGCACUCUGGAAAACUCGACAAGUCCUUCUACGAAGAGGCCCCCGAAUGGCAGUACAUGGAGGACGACGACGGGCGGACCUACUGGAGCAACAUGGAGGGCAUCCGCUUCUUCGACAAGCCCGGCGAGGAGCCGAUGGCCGGCGGGCCUGGCGCGGGGGGCGCGUGA